AUGGCGGACCGGAGGCUCAGCGGCCGGCAGAUGAUGGAGUUGUUCUACACGGAGGUAGAACGACCGCCUCUUACUGAUGGCAUCGAAGAGGAGGUGGAUGCUCCCACUCUGUUCCGUUGCAAGUGCGGCAAGACGCGCGCUCAGCGACUCAAGCACGGAUAUACGAACUUGGUGCAGCACGUGCUGGUUAAACACUCGGAUUGGGUGGCAGCCGCCUCGCGCGAAGCCCACCCGAGCCCCGUUCCUGCAUUGGCCAAUGGUGAUAAGUCCCCAACACCUCCAAAGAAAAAUGGUAAGGCAAGGGCACGCGCGGAGACUGGUGAAGCGGAGAUCAAUGGAACUGCAUUGGGCAACAAUGAUACCGUCGGGGACUCGAGCGAGGACGAGACCAAACCAGAGACGCAGGAACCGGCGACGAUACAGCAGGUUACUGCGUCAGUGGGAGCUCAAAAGCGCUCUGACUAUUUGUCGUGGGACGACUACUUCAUGAGUGUCGCCUUUUUGAGUGCCAUGCGCUCGAAAGAUCCGUCGACUCAAGUUGGAGCGUGCAUUGUGAACCCAGAACGGAAGAUCGUUGGUAUUGGUUACAACGGAUUCCCAAAUGGCUGCGGUGAUGAUGAUUUGCCGUGGGCACGUGAGAGUGCAACCAGCUCACCGCUCGAUACGAAGUAUCCGUAUGUUUGCCACGCAGAGAUGAAUGCCAUUUUGAACAAGAACUCUACCGACGUCAAAGGAUGCACGAUUUACGUGGCACUUUUCCCUUGCAACGAAUGCGCCAAGCUAAUCAUUCAGAGUGGCAUCGCACGCGUCGUUUACUGCUCCGAUAAAUACAAUAGCGACUGGAAGUUCGUGGCAUCCCGUCGGCUCUUGGACAUGGCCGGUGUGCAGUACACACAGCACAAGCUUCAGCUCUCAAAACUCGUCAUCGACUUCACAUCGGUCAUGUAA